AUGUCGCUCCAGACUGCAAAGAAGAAGAUGCGAGCCUUUGAAGCAAAGAUGGAACGGACGCGGAUCUCUUCCUCCAGAGUUGGACGCUUCGUCUUUCUGGACCAGACUCGCUACGACAUCUCGGAUACACACACUGUGCUUGGAUGUACCCUGUUCUCUCACGUCACUCCGGAGCAGGAGUUUUCCGUCGAGUCCCGAGCGGUUGAUUUUAAAGAUAUCCUUCACUGGACCGUGGAAGACCAUAACCUCGCUCAUGAGUCGGACGUCAAAUGGCUAAAUGCUGAGGUUUCCAAGAUUACAAAGGAGGAGCCACCGAGACACAUCUUCAUUUUCACUCAUCACUGCCCAUCCAUGGAUUCGCGCUGUAUGAGUCACAGGCAUAAACAUAGCGAUGUGACCUCGGCCUUCAUGACAGAUUUGUCCUCGGAGGAAUGCUGGACGUCCACGGCUGUCAAAGCUUGGGCAUUUGGUCAUACGCAUUACAACUGUCAAUUCACGGAUGAGAGGGGCAAGGUCGUUCUGGCUAACCAGAAAGGCUAUCAGAUGUUUCCUCGGAAGUCUUUUGAUGCAGGAAAUGUAUUCCAGCUUGGCAAUUGA